AUGGAGAUUUCGAAAAUUACAUCACCGGAGGACUGGCUUUACUUUGCAAAGGGAAGCGCAAAUUUACUACUCAAAUACACGGGUACAAAUGAUUAUUUGAGACAUAAACUUUUAAGAGUCCGGCUCUUAAAAGAAGACGAGCAAUAUAUAUCGACGUGUGAGUUGUAUGAUUUUAUCGAAUUGAAAUGCAAGCAUCUUUUUCCACAACAGAUAAUUGACAUUCAGCUAGUGGUAUUGACUAAAGACUUCACGAAUCGGUUAGAUAAUAGGGGAAAUCCUUUAAUGUUAAAGGAACGAUACGGGUUAUUGAUCCCAAACAUUUUGGAUGGUGAAUAUUCGAAAGAGAUACUUUCAAAAAACUGUCAACUUUAUGUAAACUCUUCAGUUGACGGAAACAGAGUCAACUCAGUAAUUUUCGAGAUCAAGCCAAAAUGGCUCUAUGAUAACAAAAACUCCAACUAUUGUAGAACAUGCCUGUUAAAUCAGUUGAAAAAGCUACCGAGACAUUUCUGCCCUCUUGAUUUAUUGUAUCUAAACACGAUCGAUCAAGGCAUAGAUGAUAUCUUCCUGGCGAUUCCUAAAGAGCUAUUGGAGAAUGUUGAGAGUGAAAAUGGUUUGCCACUAAAGCGCUUGUUUAGGGUUCUUUUGAAGAAUCCGGAUAACGUAUUUCAAAAACUAAAGGAAUACCAAAGAAUAAACAACAAGAAUGAUUUAAUCAAGAAUCUAACCUCAGAAAAAGAUGUACUGCAAAAUCUAUCGCUAGUGAUGACUCUUCGAGAUGUUGGCCUCUUCAUAAAAUUUGAGAAAUAUGAUAGGUUCAAUGAUGCCCACAAUUCACACAACAAUAUUAAUAACUUGAUCGAACUAGAAGGUUUCGGAAAAUAUCUAGUCACUUGUAAUAUUUAUGACUUGGAUUUGAAGUCAAAUUUGAAGUACAGGCACUGGCUUGAUAUUGAAGAAAGAUUACAAAGCAUAUAUAAUUCCUACAACACUAAAUGGCGUUGUUGCGUUAAAGUUGAUAACGGAGAGUGUAUUUAA